AUGUCGGAACCUGACAAGGAGAUUAAAAUCGAUCCAGUAGUGGUGGAUGAGCACCACGAGCGCAAAGCUUCCAUCUUUGACGAUGAGCAAAAGCGCAAAGAGAGCGUCGCGCGUCUGACUGCCAAUCUUGAGGGGGAAAUCCGCAACCCACUCGUUGACAUCUCGCGCGAGCAACUCCUAGCCAACGUCCACGACUUCGCCACAGAACACCAACUAACCGACGUCGAACCCCUCCUCGUCAAAGGUGCCCUCCUCGCCCAGUCCCCCGCACUCUUCGAAGAACUCGAGGAACUAGACGAAGCGGACCGUACAGCUGUCCGCGAAGAAAUCACCCAUCGGUUCAAGCUACCCCGAACACUCUAUUUUACCAUCAUCCUCAACUCCGUUGCAGCUGCUAUCCAGGGCUGGGACCAAACGGGGUCUAACGGCGCUAAUUUGACAUUUGGUCAAGCGUUGGGUAUCCCGGAUUCUGGGCCUGUGUGUGAGGCGGCAGGGACGUGUGAGAAGAAUGGGUGGAUUAUUGGGUUUAUCAACGCGUGUCCCUAUAUCGCUAUCGCGGUAUUCUGUGCUUGGAUUUCUGAUCCCGUAAAUGAACUUUGUGGUCGUCGUGGUACCAUCUUCAUCGCUGCCAUCUUCUCGCUUUUGGCGCCCUUUGGUAUGGGACUGAGCCAGAAGUGGGGUGAGCUUGCCGUUUGCCGUGUACUCCUCGGUGUUGGUAUGGGACUCAAGGAAGUCACUGUACCUGUCUUCUCAGCGGAGAAUGUUCCAGCUAAUGUGCGUGGCGGACUUGUCAUGUCCUGGCAAAUAUGGACAGCUUUCGGUAUCUUCCUGGGUACGGUCGCUAAUCUGGCUGUUAUGAAUACCGGAGCGAUUUCCUGGCGCUUGCAGUUCGGAUCGGCUUUCAUCCCUGCCGUCCCUCUCUGCAUUGGAAUCUGGUUUGUACCAGAAAGUCCUCGAUGGCUUAUGAAGAAACGCAAGUAUGCUAAGGCCUAUCGCUCCUUCCUCCGCCUACGGAACACCCCUCUCCAGGCUGCGCGCGAUCUCUACUACACCCAUUGCUUGUUGGAGCAGGAAGAAGUUUUGGUUCGUGAAGCUGGAAUCAAUCCCAAGUCAAACUUCUUUACGCGCUUCAUUGAGCUGUUCACCAUUCCGCGCGUUCGUCGCGCGACGCAAGCUUCUGGUAUCGUUAUGAUAGGGCAACAGAUGUGCGGUAUCAACAUCAUUGCAUUUUAUAGCUCAACAAUCUUCGCAGAGGGAGGAGCCACGAACAAGGAAGCUCUCAUCGCGUCUUUUGGCUUCGGUCUUGUCAACUUCACUUUUGCGUGGCCCGCUGUCUGGACGAUUGAUACCUUUGGUCGCCGCGGACUGCUCUUGUUUACGUUUCCGAAUAUGUUCUGGACACUACUUGUGGCUGGCAUGUGCUACUACAUCCCCAAGGAUAGCUCUGCACAUCUAGGCUUGAUCGCCUUCUUCGUGUAUCUCUUCGGCGCCUUUUACUCUCCUGGAAUGGGACCAGUGCCGUUCACAUACUCGGCUGAGGCAGCGGUCCUAUCGCUUACGCUCCCUCGUAUGCUCAAAGUCAUGAAACCCCAGGGGGUAUUCGGCUUCUACGCUGGUCUCAAUAUCGUCGCUCUAAUCAUGAUCUUCCUCUGGCUACCCGAGACCAAGCAGCGAACACUCGAAGAGCUCGACUACAUCUUCGGUGUUCCUACACGCACGCACAUGAGAUACCAGGCCGGUCAGAACCUACCAUGGUGGUUCAAGACAUACAUACUUCGUCGUAAGGGUCUCUCUAAGCCUCAGCUUUACAAGUUCGGCGACCAGCGUCCCCCUGUGAGCGUGACGGCACAGAUGAGCUAUGCUUGGAACACGUAUGUUCUUCGCAAGAAGGGACUGGCUAAGCCGGAUGCAUAUGUCAGGGCGACACCCCGCGGCGAGAAGCAGGUUUAG